GUCACAACUCCCAAGUCCCUCCCCUCUCUUCAACACAGAAGCAUAAACCCUCCGAGGACUGUUUCUCCCGCCGCUUGGAAUCCGAAACAAGAAAAAAGACCUCAGCGCACCGGUGCGCCCAUCGCCCUGAUGCUGCUGCUGCUGCUGUUGGGUCUCGCUUUUGGAUCUCUCCUUUAGAAUGUCACUUCCAGAUCAAUCCAUGGGAGACUUACCAGUGGAAGUCAUGGUCGAUAUUCUCUCAAGACUUCCUGUGAAGACAAUCAUCCACUCCAAAUGUGUAUGCAAGAAAUGGCUGGAUAUCAUUUCUGACUCUUACUUUGCCAAUCUUCACCUCUCGAGAUCACCUACAAACCUCGUGAUUCAUCAUAAUUUAGGAUUUGAUACGAACGGUUAUAAAAAACCAGGCACUUUAACAUGGGUGGACCUUGAAGACGAACUUGAUCACCACGACCCUCGCAUGACCCUUGAUCUUAAUCUUUCACCUAUUUUCCAAAAUUCUCAAAUACUCCCAGCAGGCUCAGUCAACGGCUUGAUCUGCUUAUGGCAGGUUUGUCCUAAACGUCAUAACAUUUACAUAUGCAAUCCAAUCACAAGAGAAUAUAUGAUCCUCCCUAGACAACGUAAUUGCAUAAUUGUUUAUUGUUUUGGUGUCGGUUUACUUACACAUGAAUACAAAUUAAUACGGAUCUUCCAAAGGGGUAUGCCUCCAUAUUCAACAUCAUCAUCUCGUAUGGGCCUAUUUGAAGCUGAGGUUUACACCCUCGGAACGGGUCAAUGGAGAAGUCUGGGUUGUGUACCAUAUUGGCUCAGUGGAUCCUCUGGGCUAUUUUUGAAUGGCCAUGCUCAUUGGAUUCUUGUUGACAGGGAUUCUCCUGAGAAGAUUUAUGCUUUUGAUUUUGACAAGGAGACGUUUGAUUUGUUCCCAUCUCCUCCCUCUUCUGAAGCUAUGCGUGGAAGUUUGGGGGUGAUAAACGGUUGCUUAUGUCAAUGUGAAAGUUUCAAUUCUAAAUUGACGAUUUGGGUGAUGAAGGAAUACGGGGUUAAGAAAUCUUGGCAUAAAGAGGUGGUGAUUGAGAGAAGUAUCAGCCCUGGUCUUCCUUUGUGGUGUGUGGAACCUGUGUAUGUAAUUGAGGGUUUUAAAGAUGGGGUUAUUUUGAUGGGGUCUUUUCGUGGUGUGCUAUUUGUUUAUUGUCCUCAGAGGAAAACAAUUGUAGACUUUGUAAAAUUUGAUCGCUCCUUCAAAUUCAAUGCAUGGGUUUAUCGUCCUAGUUUUCAUAGACUACACAACUUUGAGAAUGAGAGAGUGGAUGUGUUUUAAAGGUCAACAAUGAACACUGAUCGUCGUUUUUGUAUCAAAAAUAGUUGUUUUGAGUGUAGUAUUUUACUAUUGCCUUCUAAA